AUGGGGGACAUCGUGCUCAGGUUGAAUAUUGACCAGUCCAGAGUGAUGGAUCACGGCAACAAGCAGACAAAAAAGAAAGGGGUGCGGGUUCCGGGCCCGUUGGACAGGCAGCUUCGGUCUGCGUACUCCAUUGUGUGUUUUGUAGUAGGUAGUUCUUCACAGCAUGUCACGGUAUCGGUCCAACAUCCUUGGAUGGAUGGGUCCCUGUGCUUUUCGUUUGUGCAUGCCAAAUGCGCCUUGGGGGAGCGGAGGGUGUUGUGGCAAGACUUAAUGGCCGAUAAGCCUAGCUCAAGGUUGUGGUGCGUGUGCGGAGAUUUCAAUGUCAUUGCGGACCCGAGUGAGAAGCGCGGAGGUUGGCCUUUCGCAAGAUCUGAGGGGUUGGAGUUACUGUCAUUCAUGGAGGAGGCCGAAGUGUUUGAUGCGGGGUCCUCGGGAUCCAGUUUCACUUGGUGUAAUAACCGGAGAGGGCACGCACGAAUCUGGAAGAGACUGGACAGGGUGCUAAUCAAUGGCGAGUUUACUGAGAGUGCUCCAUCAAUCUCGAUGGUCCACUUGGCCCGUCAUCCAUCAGAUCAUGCGCCACUGAAGAUCUCGCUGGCGUCGCGAAUGGAUAACAAGCCUAGGGCAUUUCGGUUUUUAAACCUACUGCGUACCACGCGGGCCAUCCAAGACUGGAACAAGGGAGUUUUGGGGAAUGUGUUUGAGGUUGUUAAGCAGGCGGAAGCGAAUAUGCUAGCAGCAGAAACCCGCACGGAGCAGGAUGAUUCGAUGGAGGCGCAGGUUGAGCUGAGUAAAGCUCAAGCUGAGCUGCGACACGCAUUGCUAAAUGAAGAAAAGUUUUGGAGUCAGAAGGCUAGAGAUGCAAUUCAUAGAGUGAAGGAUAAGAAUGGCGUAUGGGUUGAAGAUGAUGAGGGGAUCACCAAUGAGGCUGUGCGGUUCUUCUCGAAUUUGUUCUCGGGCUCCGGGGGGUCAGCUGGUGAUUGGGAGCAUUUAAUCCCUAAUAUGGUGACACAGGCAGACAGGGCAGCUCUUGAUGCAGAUCCAACUAGGGAGGAGGUGAAACGGGUGGUAUUUGAGAUGGAUGGGGAUAGUGCUGCAGGCCCUGAUGGCUUCACAGGUCAGUUUUUUACUUUCGCAUGGGAUGUUAUUGCGCAGGAUGUUUAUAAUAAUACAGGGUUUGUCAAAGGCAGGAAUAUAACAGAGAAUUAUCUCUUUGCUCAGGAGCUUAUGUCAGGGAUUAGGAAAAAGGCUAGGAGGGGAAAUGUAGCGUUGAAACUUGACAUGGCAAAGACGUACGAUCGUGUCUCGUGGACAUUCAUUGUCAGUGUAUUGCGCAAAUUUGGAUUUGGUGAGAGAUUCAUUGACAUGGUUUGGAGAUUAAUGUCGAAUGUUUGGUUCUCAGUCAUCAUUAAUGGGGCAUCAUAUGGUUUUUUCAAAUCGAGUCGUGGGGUCCGUCAGGGAGAUCCGCUGUCGCCAGCCUUAUUCGUCAUUGGCGCAGAGGUGUUAUCACGGGGGCUCAAUAGUCUUGCUGCACAGUCGAGAUUCUUGGGUUUCAUGGUACCCAGGGGUUGUCCACCGGUUACCCACCUAGCUUUUGCGGAUGAUGUGCUUGUCUUUGCUAAUGGCUCUUCUAGCUCUUUGAAGGAUAUUAUGCGGGUAUUGAAAAUGUAUCAACUGGCCUCUGGCCAGUUGGUGAGUGUUCAGAAGAGUGGAUACUUAGUGCACCCGUCAGUGUCGCCUGCCAGGCGGAGGGUAGUUGAGCGGAUUACUGGCUUCUCAAGGCAGCAUUUUUCGGUCCGGUACCUGGGUUUCCCGUUAUACAUUGGCAAGUGCAAAUCCUUGUACUUUGGGGAGGUGUGUUACGCUAUCUCGACAAGGAUUCUCUCUUGGCGGUCUAAACUUUUGUCGCCUGGAGGCAGGCUAGUGCUAAUCAAGCAUGUUUUAUCGUCGCUUCCGACGCACCUUCUAUCUGCUGCAGUUAUUCCGGUGGCUACAUUCAAGAGUAUUGAGCGUAUCUGCGCAAAUUUCUUGUGGGGGACCUCGACCGAGCAGACUAAGCACCACUGGAUUCUGUGGUCUCAACUUUGUUACCCGGUGAUGGAAGGUGGCACUGGUUUCCGGCGGGUUCGCGAUGUAUAUAAUGCCUUUUCUUGUAAGCUUUGGUGGGGUUUGCGCACGGGGUCAUCUCUAUGGGCAACCUUCAUGCGGGCAAAGUACUGUAAAUGGGUCCAUCCUUAUCAGGUGGUUAGUUCUCAAGCUGCCUCACCAACUUGGAGGCGCAUGGUCAAUGUGAGUCGCCAGGUGGAAUUAUGCAUGGUAUGGUUGCUCAAUGAUGGGACUUGUGAUUUUUGGUAUGAUAAUUGGUUGGGGAGUGGGCCUCUUUUUCUUAGAGCCUUUGUGGUUCCGGGCCUUUCGUUUUCUGAUGUUAUGGUCAAUGGCACCUGGGAUAGUUAUCGGUUGUCACAGAUUCUGCCGCCAACCAUUGUGGAUGAGGUGAUGCAUUCACCGGCACUGAGUGGAAGGGGGACAGACCAAGUGAUCUGGAGGUCGACGCAGUCAGGGCUCUUCACUUUGGUAGCAGCCUUUCAGGAGGUCCACCAAGGUCGCAACAGGUCACUGGUGUUCUCUCGCAUAUGGCAUGCUAGAAUACCUUUGAGAGUGUCCUUGUUCAUGCUGCGCUUGCUCACGAGGCGACUGCCUUUGGAUGACGUCUUAGGGGAGAUGGGGUUCCAGUUGGCGUCAAAGUGCUUCUGCUGUGCGCUUGCCACUGGAGAGACACUGGAGCAUGUGUUUUUUGCGGGACAGCUUGCAUUGCAG